CAAAGUAACGACAACCAGCCAGGAAUGCAGCUUCAGUACCAGCAACACUCCCAGUGAUCCGUGUAGCUUUCUCUUUGUUUGCUGGAGGAAAUGGAGGCUGGAGUAGCGAGCUAUGCUUGCGGGACGCUCCCGCAUAAUGUAUUGAACCGCCCACGCUUUGCUGCACCAUCCUCUGCUCCUCCCUUCUCGCGAUCUCAUAGGAAUCAUGGUCUUAAAUCCAGCUCGCUCUUUGGCGAAUCUCUGCGAGUGAUGUCAAAGUCUUUGCCAAGAAUUUCGAAGGUAGCCGGCAGCAACUCGCUCAUCACCAAGUGUGAGAUCGGGGAUAGCUUGGAGGAGUUCUUAACGAAGGCGACCCCAGAUAAGAACCUCAUCAGGCUGCUGAUGAGCAUGGGAGAGGCGCUGAGGACCAUAUCCUUCAAAGUGAGGACUGCAUCUUGUGGUGGGACUGCUUGUGUUAACUUGUUUGGUGAUGAACAGCUUGCAGUGGACUUGCUUGCCAACAAGCUACUUUUUGAGGCUCUGCAAUAUUCCCACGUUUGCAAGUAUGCUUGCUCUGAGGAAGUUCCUGAGCUACAAGACAUGGGCGGGCCAGCUGAAGGUGGUUUUAGUGUGGCUUUUGAUCCCCUCGAUGGUUCCAGUAUCGUUGACACAAAUUUCACCGUUGGCACGAUAUUUGGUGUUUGGCCUGGUGGCAGGCUUACGGGUGUGACAGGAAGAGAUCAAGUUGCUGCAGCUAUGGGCAUAUAUGGACCUCGAACGACCUAUAUUAUGGCUCUAAAAGAUUGCCCUGGAACCCAUGAAUUCCUUCUUAUGGAUGAAGGCAAGUGGCAGCAUGUCAAAGACACCACAUCCAUUGGUGAAGGCAAGAUGUUUUCUCCCGGAAAUCUAAGGGCUACAUGUGACAACCCUGCCUAUGAUAAGCUGAUCAGCUACUAUGUGAGAGAGAAGUACACAUUGCGCUACACUGGAGGAAUGGUGCCAGAUGUCAAUCAGAUCAUCGUGAAAGAGAAAGGCAUCUUCACCAAUGUAUCAUCCCCAACUUCUAAAGCUAAGCUGAGGCUUCUGUUUGAAUGUGCUCCCCUGGGGUUCCUAAUGGAGAAAGCGGGAGGAUGUAGCAGUGAUGGCACACAAUCUAUACUCGACAAGGUGAUCGACAACCUUGAUGACCGCACCCAAGUCGCUUAUGGAUCCAAGAAUGAAAUCAUCCGGUUUGAGGAAACUCUAUAUGGCUCAUCUAGAUUCGCAGCUGGUACACCUGUUGGGGCCACUGCCUAAACCGAGUUGCCUGUGGUCGUUCCUUCAGCCUCUUCAUACCAAUAUUUUCAAAUAUCACAAUGUAAUGUACGUAGUGCACAUCCGGUUCGAUUUCCAACUUCACAUCGAUGGUGAUGGAAGGGUGGGCAAGGGAAGAAGCAACAUCCACUUAUAAGUAUCUGUCGAGCAUAUUUUUUCUAAAAGCAAUUUUACUCUCCCUCGUCAAGUUCCUCUUGGCAAUGCUCAGACUUUUUUUAACUCUUCACAGGAGAAAGAAAUUGGAAGAGAAUUAAUAAGUUCACCAGAAUAAUACAUGGGACUUCUUCUGGGA